CACCGCAUGAUUGUUUGAUAGGUACCUGAACCUUCCACUCGCAACAUUCCUACUCGCCGCUUCCACCAACUUUCACACCUCCACCCUCACUACCGCCGCCCGAACGCCGCUCUCACAACCGAAAAUAAACCCAAUCCAAACACCCGCCCGACUCCGCGCAGCGAGUCCAAACCUCAUCCAUCAUGGGCAAAGCCGAGCCGGGAUCGACCAAAUACCUGGCCAACAAGAUGAAGCAAAAGGGCCUGACGCGGCUGCGGUGGUACUGCCAGAUCUGCGAGAAGCCGUGCCGGGACGAGAACGCGUUCAAGAUGCACUGCCAGUCGGAGAGCCACAUGCGGCGGGCGCUGGAGGCGGGGCAGAACUUCAAGAGCGUGCAGGAGGACUACAGCAAGCAGUUCCUGACCGAGUUCGUCUCGCUGCUCAAGACGGCCCACGGCGAGAAGAGCGUGCACGCCAACAAGUUCUACCAGGAGGUCAUCGCCCGCCGCGACCACGUCCAUCUCAACGCCACCCGCUGGCAUUCGUUGACGGAUUUUGUCAAGCACAUCUCGCGCGAGGGCAUCGUGCGCGCCGAGGAGAAGGAGGAUGGCAUUUUUAUCGCCUGGGUCGAUGACUCGCCCGACGCGAUGAAGCGACGUGAGGCUGUCCGGCGGAAAGAGAUGCAAGAUAAGGGGGAUGAGGAGCGGGAGCAGAUGUUGCUGCGGGAGCAGAUUAGGCGCGCGCAGAGGGAUGCUGAGGCUAGGGGGGUGGCUGGGGUGGACGGGGAAGAGGAGGAGGAGGGGAGGGAAUUGAAGCGGGAGGAGGGAGAGAAGAUCAAAUUGAGUUUUGGGGCGAAGCCGACGAAGAGUACCACCCCCGAGGACACGGCCUCCGCGCUGGAUACGAAGAAGGAGGGUGGUGAGGCGGAAACCACGGACGGGACAGGCAAUGGGGAGGUGAAGAAGGAGGAUGAUACCAAGCCGGCUGAGACGAAAACAGCAGCGAAGCCCAUCUCGCUCAAGUUUGGCGCCAAACCACAACCGAAAAAUGUCUUCAAGAACGCUUUUGCUGGGGCCCCGAAAAAGGUCAUGGCUGCUCAGCCCAAGAAGAUGAGCGAGGCCGAGAGGAUCAUGAAGGAGGAAUUGGAACGCAAGAGGACACGGGAGGCAGGCGGUGGGCCUCCCAACAAAAGGCCGCGGUUUUAGGGAUUCAAUCGAGGAUAAUUCGACUCGGAAGGUUGUACAGCAUAUUUUGGCGUUUAGGGAAAGAUUCAUUUGGGAAGGACA